CAUCAGUAUCAAGUGGUUUAAGAGUUAAGACGAACCAGAUCAACAGUGUUGUGCUGACUUGCUUCGGUGCUGCACGUCUGCUGCCACUCUCGCGCCGCUCAAGGCCUGCACUUGAUGGACUGUGCUCGUGAGAAAAUUAAAUAAACACACAGUACAAGUUGAUCGUUUAGCAAAGAUUCUACAGCAUCUCUGGGGAAGUAAAACAAAAAUUCAGACUGGUCAUCUAUGGCCUUUGAAAAACUAUAGGGAGCGUUUCAAAAUACAGGCCCUGAUAUUGUGAUCGAGUUAAGCCCAGGACCAGACAGGAGCCACUUGUCACUGAUCGCGCUAACCUUACACCACUUGACAAGAUCCACGCAUUCCUCAACCCUCAACUACGUAGUAACGCUGACACGCGCCGCACUGACACCUCCCCUUGAAACUAAACAAACGCAUGGCAAACUUGAAAUGAUGAUCACUACAAUGAAACAGAGAGACAAAGACAUAAGCAACUUUGAGUACAGAUAAAGAAGGUUAAAAACUGUGUGAAAGAGAAACAGAAGCAUUAAAACGAAGUGACGCCAAGACAAAAGGCACCAUGAGUAAGGACAGAAGUGCAUGACAAAGAACUGAGUUUCUUGACGAGUCAGAAAACGGAGUCAGCAUCGGCAGUACAAUGGAACAGCUGGAGGUGAUGCCCGUGAGUUCCCGAGUGGUGUGCUUGAACGCGCCGCACCUCAAAUCCCUGUGCGUGUUCGAGGCGCUCUCCCGCACCCUGGGCUGCUAUUACAACCACCACCGUCCUCAGAUUGUGUCCUGCCAUGGGAAGGUGCGGCUGCCGGUGCCUCGCAUCACCCGCAUCCGAGGCCACACCACCCACACCCACACCCCCGGCGAGGCCCCCUGCCUGCACACCCUCCUGCAGAUGGGGACAUACCUUGUGUUUCAUCUCCCAGACUGGACACAAGUGCAACAGUGCCAGCUAGUGCUGAAUGGGAUUGAAAAGGUUCCCAGAACUGAUGUUCCACCAAACAUUAUCCUGGAACGCAUUGAAAGCAGCACCACCACCUCCAGGCUUCUCCCCCCAGAGGGUGAAGCACAAACUAAUCUCACCACUUCAGACCCUCCUACGAACCAUUCCAUCAACAAGUCACACAGCAAACACACUACACUUUCUUCAGUGUCUGAAAGAGUCUCCUCUGCCAUCAGGAGCCUCGGUCUGGAACACAGACACAGCCAUGAAAAUAACAAAAACACUUCCAGUAAGGCAAAGCAAACUGACUCUCAUGGGAAAAGUAAGGACCUCUUGGGUGAGAGCCAGCAGCAUCAAGGAGCAGCAAGGACUUGUAUGACGCUCAACAUGAUGGACACGGAGGAGGUGACGACACUGCUGGACGACGAAGAGGACAACUACAGCUCAGACACAUCAGAUGAUCUCCACAAGGUGGUGCGGAGGCGCCUCCUGGUGGACAUUACAGCCGUGCUCAAGCCUCCACCCCCUGAUAAGGUUCUCACUCUCCUGCUGAGGCCAGCAGAGGAGACCCAAGCCUGGCAGUUCCUUUCAUCUUGCAUCAAGGUGACACAGAUUGGCAGCAAGGGCCUGGCAGAGAAUGGGUCUGGCACCAUGAAAAAGACCCUCACAAGAACCAAGCCACUCUACUUCUCAAAGAAUGGCAAUGCACACAGACUCUAAGUCAACACAACCCUGCACCAUAAAACCUGUUUCUUCAAAAGUAUUUAUCACUGUACCUGAUAGAUAAUUAUGAAGUAUAUAUUAUGAUAACCACAA